GGUUUACAGGUCUGUACCUUUAGUUUUUUUGCCCGGCUACACAUUGCAAGUCCUGCCCAUUGCUCCCGCUGUCUGAGGCUGCGCGCGCAGUGGGAUGCAGAAGGAGUGGCGGAGCGCGCGCGUGUGACCGAAGCGAGCAUCGAUUAUCACAUAGGUACGCUAACCUAAUCAACUCAACAGCUGUUUUCUCCCCACUGUAUACCCAGUGGUCACGCGAAACAUAAAUGGACGUGAACCUGUGACUCUGAAGUCGCACCUCCCCGAGGCACUCAAGGCGAGACAGCGCAUUCCGAAGGGCCGGUGGUGGGUGUUGGUCGUCAGUGGAAAAGAUGGGCACGGUGCUCUCUAUUUCCCCCACUUCCAGAAAAGGAGGGAUUCUGGAUGAGAAAACGGAUGGAGCUAGCGGCAAGACGGAGAAGAGCCUCAAGCGCCAUUCGGUGCUGAUAUCAGCUCUGACGUGGAAGCGGCUAGUCGCUGCCUCGGCCAAGAAGAAGAGUGCCAAGAAAGUGAACCCGAACCCACCCGUUUCUCACACCAGUAACCCGGUGGACCAGCUUAACACUGAGAAUCUCAAAAAGUCCCAAUCAGGCUCUGAGCGCAAGACGAAGUCUGGACCUCUUGCAGUGCCAGUCCCUACAGUACCGGAUAAAAGCCUUCGAUCCAAUCAAACCCAGAAUGCGUCCCAGAACGGAAAGCAGCUGCUUUCGGUCCAGCGGCAGCCGAGCAGCCGCUCCAUCAUCUCCCCGAGACGAGUCAUCGUGCAAGCCUCCACAGGAGAGCUCCUGCGCUGCCUGAGCGAGUUCAUGUGCAGGAGGUGCUACAAACUCAAAGAGCUGAGCCCAAACGAGAUCAUCCUGUGGUUCCGAAACGUCGACCGCUCGCUGCUCAUCCAAGGCUGGCAAGACCAGGGUUUCAUCACUCCUGCCAACUUGGUGUUCGUCUACCUGCUCUGCCGCGAGGCGGUGACCGAGGAUAUCUCCAGCGAGUACGAGCUGCAGGCCACCUUUCUCACCUGCCUGUACCUGGCUUACUCUUACAUGGGCAACGAGAUCUCGUACCCGCUCAAGCCCUUCCUGGUGGAGACCAACAAGGAGGUGUUCUGGGAGCGCUCCCUGCGGAUCAUUGAUAAAAUGAGUGCCAAAAUGCUGCAGAUCAACUCCGACCCGCACUUCUUCACCGAGGUCUUCCAGGACCUCAAGAACGAGGGGGGCUCAAACGAUACGAACGGAAGAUGGAGUAAUAAUACUAAUAAUCUGGACCGCUAAGUGUUGAAAGGAGAGAGAAGCUCUCUGAUACCUCUCCGCACCCUUCCUUCGAGGGUGGAAUGAAUGUAAGGCCCGACUGCUGAAGGUGUAAGAGUGUUUCACUCUACUACUGCUGGUUUAUGGAAACGGAUUUCGCCUCACCUCAGUGAGAGGGGGUUUACGUUAUCACAUGUGUAAAAUACAACCUUCAUGACCCAGUGAAUGUCACGAGCGCGAUCUGGGGUUUCUUCAUAGUUUACUUAAUGCAUGCUUAAAGAAUUCUACUCGUAUCAUCAUUGUGGUUUUUGAAGAAGAAGAAAACAAUAAUAAUAUUAACAAAGAGGUGUUGGAGCCGAGCUAAAACGAGAGAUGUAAAUUAUUAGCUUCAGUGCUGGGGUCUUAUUUUUCUAUUAGUUUCAGAAACGAUGUUGUCACGGGGUGCUGGCCUGCAACAGACACUCUCCUCCUGUCUCCUGUGGCGCCUGAUGCUGUCUAUCUGAAUGUACUGUUUUACAACAAAACGAUUCUCUACAGUCAUAUGUGCCAAUUGUCAUAGUAUAAAACGUAAUGUUUUAUAUUGUAUAUUUGAAAAUAUAUGAAUACAAAUACC